UAACCGCUCCACCUUUUCUCAUUUCUCUCCUCUUCUUGAAAUCUUCCUCUCAAAAUUUCAAACCCCUAAACCGAAAAAGGUAAUCAAUCGGCAAAAACCCAAAUCUUUUUUUCUCAUACCCAAUUAAUUUUUUAGUUCCCAAUUCAUUCUCCAUACAUAUAAAUUCGCUUCCCCGUUCGUUUUCUUGAAAAGAAAAAUCAAAUGGGGGUUGUGGGAGAAGAGUCAGAUGCGAAAUCCCAGUUAGUGGCAGACAUCUGCUCCAUUUCUGCUUGCGCCGUUUCCUGCGCCCGGAGGCAUCGCCGCCAUUCUACUGCUAAAAUAUCAUCGCCUUUCAUCGACUGGUAUCUUCUUCUUCGGGUUGAAGAAGAUGCAGGGAUGAAUAUAAUUCGGAAGCAAUACCAUAAGCUUGCUUUGCAACUUCAUCCUGACAAGAACAAGCAUCCCAAGGCUGAGUUUGCUUUCAAGCUUGCCUCAGAGGCAUAUGCAUGUCUCUCUGACCACGCAAAGAGAAGAGCCUUCAACCUUGAGAGAUGGAAAAGUUAUUGCACAGAGUGCAACGGAUCGAUCCCCCGUGCGACUCGCAACCCUUCGAGCAAGACAAAUGCAACAAAACACAACCAAUUAAACAUCACAGACCGCUCAAGAUCGAAGAAAAUUUUGCAGGGUUUGAAAGAGAUCAGAGAGAGAUUUAAGGAAGAGGCAAGGGUGAUGGAGAGCUUUUUCAAAGCUAAUUAUGCGUCAUCAAGAAAAGAAUCCCCGCUGUUCAAUCCAUCAGAUUGUACAAAGCAAGGCUACCCUCACUGCAGGAAAUGGAAAGAAUGCAAUGAAACCCCAGUUUUUAAUCCCUCCGACUAUCUGUUUCAGAGCUACCAUCAUUGCCGAUCACAGAAAUAUAGAACUCAGAAUGAGCUGUGGUUUCUGCAAACGAGAAAUACACUGAAUUACAAGCAUGGAAGAGGGAAAUGCGAGUACCCAAUUUUUGAGAUGGGAUCAGAAGCUGGACCAUUUAGAAGCAAAUCUGUUUGUCUCAAUUCAUGAAUUUAAAGCACAUAGCUGUUUUAUGCCAUGAACCAAGUGUAAUGUCAUUGGCAUGUCAUUUUUUGGGAU